AUGUCCGCGGCAGUAGCGCUACCAGCGCCACCACCACCCGACGCAGCAGCAGCAGCGUCAGCACCUUGUGUUGACGUGCUAAGCCGCCCUGCUAGCUGGCACAUCGUGGCCAGCUUUGCCGCCCUCGUUCUCAUCGCUGCCGUCAUCGUCUGCGGAAACGCGCUCGUCGUGACGGCCGUCGUUGUCACCAAGAAACUCCGCACGACAACAAACCUCUUUAUCUGCUCGCUGGCCGUCGCCGACCUGCUGGUAGGCAUCGCCGUACUGCCGUACUCUCUCACGCUGGAGGUGCUAGACGAGUGGCUGUUCGACGAGGUGUGGUGUAGCCUCUGGCUGGCAAUCGACGUGCUGCUGUGUACAGCCUCCAUUCUGCACCUGUGUGCGAUCAGUCUCGAUAGAUACAUCGCUAUCGCCUACCCGAUGCACUACCCUCGCCUCAUGGUUCCCGCGCGAGGCAAAGCUCUGAUCGUCGUCGUCUGGGUGGUCGCCUUCCUCGUCUGCAUCCCGCCGCUGCUCGGCUGGAACGAGGUAGGCGCGCCGCUCAGGCGAGCGCUCGAGGACGGGGCAGCGGGUAACGCGUCCGCGUCCGACGCAUGCACGCUUAUCUCAGACCGCGGCUAUCGCGUCUACUCGGCGCUGGGUUCCUUCUUCAUUCCGAUGUUUGUCAUGGCGUUCUUCUACUGGCGCAUCUACGUCCUCGCGACGCGCAGCAGCCGCGCGAUGAAACGAGGCUUCAAGGAGGUGACCGGUCGCGCCGGCGGCGGGCUGCGCAUCCACCGUGGCGGCGGCACCGUCCGUCUCGCGGCGGCGGCGCAGGCGGCCAUGCUCACAUCUCGCAGCAUCUCGCGAGAGGACUCGCUUGUGACGGAGCCGCCGAGCCCCGUGCUGCAGUGCGGCCGGAAAUCCGGAAUACUGCAGUUUCGCAGCAGCGACCCCGCUGAUAAACGCGCCGCCCGGCGGCAGCUAUCGGAACAGCUACAAAGGUCGAAAAGCGACGUCGAUUCGGUUCCCUCGUCUGGGAGUAUCAACUCGCUGGAAAACGGAACCGGUUGCUCGCGGCAACCGCAAAACGGCGGCGGCUUCGGCGAAGAGGCGAUAGACGGCGACACUAGCGGCACGCACAGACUUCACAUGAUCUUAAAAUUGCGACGCGACUUUAAGAAGUUCACGCGAGAGAUGAAGGCUGCUAAGACGCUGGGAAUCAUCGUCGGAGCCUUCAUCGUCUGCUGGCUACCUUUCUUCACAAUCUACUUCGUCGAGGCGUUCUGUAGCGAUUGCAUCCCAUCUCUCGUUUUCUCCGUGUGUUUCUGGCUCGGCUACUGCAACUCCGGCAUCAACCCUUUCGUCUACGCCAUGUUCAGUCGCGAUUACCGAUCCACAUUCAACCGCAUUCUGCGCUGUCGCUUGGGUCGUGACCUCAGAACCACUGUGACGUUGACAUCGUGCCAGCGACUGUCGCGGAUGGAAAGCGAUAAGGCGGCGGACCUUUACGAUAGCUCGCUGACGUGGCAGUCCCGCCCAGCUGAAGCUAGUUGUGCUAAGCCUAAUAAUUACUAA